UGGCCUGUACCCCACCCCCAGCCUGCGAAGUGCGCUGGGGGAAGGCGGUGGUCGCUCGCCUCCCUCCUGCCCCCGGCCUGGGUUCGCGGCGGAGGCGGCGCCUCUCCCGCAGCCCAGACCCAGCUGGGCGGGAGCGCGGCGCAGGGCUGGCGAGGGCAGGCGGGGGGCGCUGCGCUCGGGCCCCCGGCGGCGACUGACGGCGGCAGCGGCGGCUCCAGGCGAGCGCGGUCUCCGCGUGCGCACAAGCUCACUCCGCCGCGCAGGGACCCACGGAUACCGGCAGCCGGCGGACACACGGACGCGGAGACCCGGGCUCGGCGCGCGCUGCUGAGCGCACACGCUCACCGUCCUCGGGCGGCUCGGGGCGCGGACUCGCCGCUGCGCGCCCUCCGCGCGGAGUCUGCCCCGGGCCGACCCGCAACCCGCGGCCCCGCGGCGAGGCCCCGCUGUGAGCAGCCUGUAGAUACCUGGGGCUGAGCGGCAGCUGCUGUGAGUGAGAGGCGGGCAGCACUGGCCUGAGCCUCCUUCUGGGCUGAGAAGCAUCAUGGCCAGCGUCAUACAGGCCUCCCUGGCUGCCCUGCUUCUGCUGCCUAUGGCUACCGCCAUGCACUCUGACUGCAUCUUCAAGAAGGAGCAAGCCAUGUGCCUGGAGAAGAUCCAGAGGGCCAACGAGCUGAUGGGCUUGAAUGACUCCUCCCCAGGAUGCCCUGGGAUGUGGGACAACAUCACAUGUUGGAAGCCUGCCCACGUGGGUGAGAUGGUCCUCGUCAGUUGCCCCGAGCUCUUCCGAAUCUUCAACCCAGACCAAGUCUGGGAGACGGAAACCAUCGGAGAGUUUGGCUUUGCUGACAGUAACUCCUUGGAUCUCUCAGACAUGAGGGUGGUGAGCCGGAACUGCACAGAGGAUGGAUGGUCGGAGCCGUUCCCUCAUUAUUUCGAUGCUUGUGGGUUUGAUGAGUACGAGUCUGAGACCGGGGACCAGGAUUAUUACUACCUGUCGGUGAAGGCCCUGUACACAGUUGGCUACAGCACGUCCCUCGUCACCCUCACCACUGCCAUGGUCAUCCUGUGUCGUUUCCGGAAGCUGCACUGCACCCGAAACUUCAUCCAUAUGAACCUCUUUGUGUCGUUCAUGCUGAGGGCCAUCUCCGUCUUCAUCAAAGACUGGAUCCUCUACGCUGAGCAGGACAGCAACCACUGCUUCGUCUCCACUGUGGAAUGCAAGGCUGUGAUGGUUUUCUUCCACUACUGUGUUGUAUCCAACUACUUCUGGCUGUUCAUUGAGGGCCUCUACCUCUUCACCCUGCUGGUGGAGACCUUCUUCCCCGAGAGGAGAUACUUCUACUGGUACAUCAUCAUUGGCUGGGGGACCCCAACUGUGUGUGUGUCCGUGUGGGCUGUGCUGAGGCUCUACUUCGAUGACACGGGCUGCUGGGAUAUGAAUGACAACACGGCUCUGUGGUGGGUGAUCAAAGCCCCUGUGGUUGGCUCCAUAAUGGUUAACUUUGUGCUCUUCAUCGGCAUCAUUGUGAUCCUCGUGCAGAAACUUCAGUCUCCAGACAUGGGAGGCAAUGAGUCCAGCAUCUACUUCAGCUGCGUGCAGAAAUGCUACUGCAGGCCACAGCGGGCUCAGCAGCACUCUUGCAAGAUGUCAGAACUGUCCACCAUUACUCUACGGCUCGCCCGGUCCACCCUGCUGCUCAUCCCACUGUUCGGAAUCCACUACACCGUCUUUGCUUUCUCCCCAGAGGACGUCAGCAAGAGGGAGAGACUUGUGUUUGAGCUGGGGCUGGGCUCCUUCCAGGGCUUUGUGGUGGCUGUUCUCUACUGUUUUCUGAAUGGGGAGGUGCAGGCGGAGAUCAAGCGCAAGUGGCGGAGCUGGAAGGUGAACCGCUACUUCAGCAUGGACUUCAAGCACCGGCACCCGUCCCUGGCCAGCAGCGGGGUGAACGGGGGCACCCAGCUCUCCAUCCUGAGCAAGAGCAGCUCCCAGAUCCGCGUGUCUGGCCUCCCAGCCGACAACCUGGCCACCUGAGCCCACCCGCCCCUCCUCUCCUCGGAACAGCAGCUGGGGCUCGGGUGGGUGGGCGCCGGCCCACGUGUGCUGUGCCUCUUCUCUCCCUUCGGCCGGCCCUGGGCUGGGAGCCCAGCUCCCCGAGGUGGGAGGAGGUUGUAGGGCGCAGACGGGUAUUUCCCCUCCCCGUUUAGGCGCUGGCCCCUCCCACCGUGGGCCCCUGGGUGUUGACCCCAGACGUGUAAAUACUCCUUAAUUUUGGGAAAGUCGUCCCAUCCCUCCCCCCUCUACCUUGUGUCCCUGCUCACCUCAGGCAGGUCCCCAGCUCCACCCGACCCCGUCCCCACCAGCCUCAGUGAUUGCCUGACCCUGUGUGGGAGGCCUUGUGAGCUGAGGCUGGUGACCUUGCCUUGGCGGAUUCGGGGCGGGCCCUGCCUGACAGCCCCCCUGCAGUGUCUGACUCUUGGUGUGGACUCUCUGAGUCUACUCGCCACCCCGCGGCCCUUUUCAGGCCUGGCCCAGUCCCUGAGGCUGCCAGAGGUCCAGCUUGGAGUGCUUUUCGGUGCAGGCGAGACCCAUGCUCACCCAGCAUCUUGGUGUCCAGGCGCCCACUUCCUGGGUAUCAGACAGUAGGAAAGCUCCAGGGCUCUUCCAGUCAGAGACUUCAGUUUGGAUGUGGGGCUAAGGCCAGAGAAAGUUCUGGUGCUUUUCAUUUGGCCCAAGAAAAAUUGCCAGGAGCCAGAAAAGUGGAUGUGAUUGGAAUGGAGAUGGAAAGAGUUUGGAGGGACCCAUGGAAGAAGACCUUCACCACCUCCAUUAUUUUACCCCUGACUCAAGGUAGGCGGGGGUUCAUCUGGUAGCCUCCCUUCUGUCCCUCCCUUCCCCAGGCAUCAGUUGCAGAACGUUGAGAGAUGGAUGCCUCGGAGAAACUCUUCCCCAACUACACUCACCAUAUAGAGCCCCUAAGC